UUAAGUAACACGUGCGCGCCGCCUCUGCGUCCGUUUCAGCGCCGGUGUCGUGCGAGUGUGCUCUUCGGCGUUUUCAAAAUUCCGAAAUGCGUCUGAAUGGAACGAAAACGAAAAUGAAUGAAUGAAAAUCGGGCGCGUAAAAUUAGACCGUCGUCGCUGGCAGUGGACACUCCGUCGUGGUCUCGUUAGUCGCGGGUAAAAUUAGAUGCGAAAUUUAAUUAGAUAAUGAGAUUUACAAGCUUUAAAUAAAUGCGGUCUUAAAGUAGAAGUAGGCAGGGUUUGACGUAGGGUGUCUGGAAUCGGCCGGGUUGGGAGAGGAGACAAUGGAUCUUGAUAACCCGUCGUACUUCUCGCUGGCCGCCGAGGCGGCCCCAGUCAGCCACAAGAAGCCCCACAGGAUGGGCACCAGCGACAGCGAGUGCUCCCUGAGCCGGACCUCCACGCCGCCGAAAGGCCAGAGGAGGCUGCGCAGCUUCCUGCGCUCGGUCAGCUCGAACUCGGCCGACUCCAACCAGGAGCUGCUGAUCAUGGGCGAGCCCAGGCUGUCGGACAUCGCGCCCGACCUGGCCUUCAAGCACCAGAGCAGGUCCAACUCGCUGAAGAGCCGCGACGGGCACGGGGAGGUGGUGUACAACCUGGUGCCCACGGAGGAGGAGGAGGAUGGGGAGGCGUCCGGGGACGAGGUGUUCCUCACCGAGGACACCGCCACCUACUACAACUACUCCCCGGGGAAGGCGUCCACGCAGCGCCGCCACUCCAUCGGCACCUUCAUCAACCGCGAGCGCUCCUCCAGCAUGGCCUCCUCCUUCAAGGAGGACCUGCCCCAGGCCAUCGUGCACGCCACCUCCGACGGGGAGGCGACCUCUUCGCUGUUCGACGACCAUUCCCUGCGUCACGCGUCGUACCCCAGGAAGCGGUGUCCUCGCUGCACUCGAGGCGUCAUCAAGAAACCAGCCAACAUGGACGACAUUCUCAUAGUCUCCCUCCAAUCCAGCGACGCUGCAACCCUCUGGGCCGACUACUUCACCAACUACUUCCAGCAGAUCAGCAAAGCGAACAAAAAACCCUUUAAAAUCCAACACAUGCUCCUCGAAAACUGUCUGCUGGAGUCUAAAGAAGACCCGAAGUUGGUGGCGGAGCGGGCCACCAACGUGAAACUGCAACUAGUCGUGGUGUGCCCCAGCUUCUUAGAGUUCGUGGCGGAGCACCCGGAGAAGUGUUCCAAUUUGGGGAAGCUGCUCCUGGGGGAUAGGACUCUAGCGCUGCUGCUGGGGGUGUCAGACGGCGACUUGACUGAUCUCCACAGGAGAAUUUUUCCGACGUAUUUCCAAUGGCAAAGACUGAGCGUGGGGCAGGAUCAGGACGAGAACUUCACCAAAGAGUUUCUGGGGCAUGCUAUGUCCAUCUUGUCACGAAUAUGGAAGCAGCAGACUUCCGGUACUCAAGAAAAGUCGUACUUUUCGGUGUCUCCAAAGAAAAUUCGACAAGGUCAGAACAGUGUGUUCAUCCUGCUUACAUACCCGCUCCAGAAGGAAGACAUCCUCAAGGUAUCCAUCGAGCGCAACAACGAGAUCUUCGAGGUGAAGACCGUCAAAAGACGCAAUCCCUACACGGUUAAGAUCUCGGUCCCCAACAAUCUCACCGAAGUGACAGCUAUUGUAAAUAUCCUCGUCGAAAAAAAUGGAAGCAUCGUGGGCAGCCGCCCAAUCAAGUGCGAGAGCAGACUCAGAGAGCUUGAACAAAUUUUACGCUUAACUAAUAAUCCGAUCGAGUUUAUGUGUCAGACGCUGGGUUUCAACCCCUCGUGCAAGGAGCAGCUGGAUAAUUGGUUGCUGCAGGCGUUCCAGAAGAAUCUACCGGCGCAUUUUAACCUUCUUGCAAACCACGAGACGCCAUUUGCUGCUGCCGUCCACGCACACAAACACAGUCACGAAGAGCACCCCACUCUUCUGCACUUCGCUGCAAAAUUCGGCUUCGAGAAGUUGGCGUUGCAGCUUCUGGACUGUCCAGGGGCGGAUAUUGCCUACGAUAUUAAGAAUGUGUAUGAUAUGACGCCUGCAGAAAUCGCCGAAAGCAACGGCCAUCCGGAACUGGCAGCCACCCUCAAGGGGUACAUGAACAUGAACGAGUUCACCAACAUGUACGCAAAGCUCAAAGAAAUCAGUCUCAAUACGUCCAAAAUCGAUGAAGAUAGUUACAUCACCCCCAAAGCAAUCGAAGAGUUGUACAAAAUAUGCCCGCCACCAAGACCCGUGGAAGAUCUUUCCUCCCCUACUACCCCCAUCAACGAGUACGGCUACAUGGCAAUGAACCCUCCAGUAAAACUAACCGUCGAGAAAGAACCAAGAACCCCUUCCCCCAAGCCACCAAAAAACCCCACUCUGAAGACUGAAAUCCCCCAAAUUAACAUCGUCUACGAAGACAAAGUCCAGAAGGAGCUUCUCGAAAUAAUCAACGACUUCAAAAACAACGUCCACUCGAUAGCACAAGUCGAAAAGCUGGUCGAGGAGUGGAAGAAUAGAAACGAUGUCCAAAAAUCGUUCAAAGAGAAGCAAGAACAACUCAAGGAAAUGCGAAUGAAGUACGACAAAAUCCAGCAAGAAUUGAAGUCGUCGAUGAAGAAAGCUACCCCUUUCGAUCGGGUGAAAAAACUCUUCACUAGACACAGGUCUCGUGAAGAGAAGCACGAAAUUUCGUCGCCGGUUCUCACGUCGCCUAGUAUAGUGGCGAUUCAGUCGCAGCGACCCAUUAGCAGCUUGAGUACUUCUAGUUCUGGGUCGUCUGGGAGAAUGAGUACCAUUAGUGGGUGUAGUGUGGGGGAUAGUGGUACCCACUCCGACAACGAAGACAGAAAGAACAUGCUAGGAAGCCACAACGAAGACGACUUCCGCAACGUGAUGAACAAAGCGGCCUUGGAAAUGAACUACACCCCAGUCCCCGCCCCCAAACCGGUCAAAACCGGAAUGUUCGUCAAUCGGACGCACUUAUUUGAAACGAUUGAGGAGAAGCCAGUGGCGCGGCCGGACACCCUUCCCGUUUCCGAAGAGUAUUACAUUCAGUUCCCCCCCUCCGGACUACCAGUGGCGGGCGCUACAAACGAAAAUGAGCAACAAUACAUGAACGUGAGUGCAGUAACGAGUGAAGAUGACCACGAAUACAUGAAUUUUAAGGUUAUGACCAAGAGAUAGGGUUACUUGAUGUAAUUUCAUUAUGUCAUUUUUUAUUUAUAACAUAAUAUUUAUGUGAAGUCCAUUAGGUAUUUAUUUAUUCGGUUUUUGUUAUAUUAUGCUUCAUUUGUAUGUUGUUUAAAUUUAUAUUUUGUACAUUUUUGAUAUGGAAUAAAUUUUUAGGUAAUGUGA